UAACAACGACAUCUCCUGCUGGGAGAGAAAUCACAAAUACUCCAGAAGUGCGUUUGUUAACAAUACAGUAAGAGAGAGUCAGCAGAGCCACAGCAGUUUACCAAGGAAAGAAUACAAGAUUUAUAACGCAGAAGAGCUACUCCACUUUAAACUAGUAUUGAGUCAUUAUUUAAAUAGUAACACUAAAUCUUCGUUGUACUGAUGUUGUCUUUGUUCAAGGAGGACUUAUUAACUACUUUAUAUUUGGUAGUUUAAUCCGUCACAAUGGAUCACAUUUUAACUGACCUUUUAUUUUGAUUGUUCAUUUGAUGGGAAGGGACGUGUGUUUAUUUACCGUAUCACUGAAAAAUAUACAUUAUUUUGUAUAAAUCUAUAUCUAUGCAUUUAAAUACAGCAGACUUGGUCAUGAACACACCACUGAGGUCACUGCAGGAGUGUUGGUGGGGGGUUUUCUUCGUGUUAUCGCGAGGAACUCUAAAUCUCAAGAGACCAAGUGAAGCGAGAGUUUUUUUUUUUUUUUCUACGUCGACGCUGAUGGGCCGACACAGAAAGCGGAGACGUCUGCGGGCUCUUUUGCGGCUCAAUUGGAAUCUACACCGCUUAAAUACGCAAUGUCACAUCACCGCGUGUGUGGGUCAAACCCGGUUAGCUGCGCGCUGACGGCGCUGCCCGCUGCACAUCUGGAACCCCUGCAACCCCCCCUUUCCUUCAGCACCUGGACAGCUCCCCGCUAGUCAACCUCUGCCCGCUGUUUUUAUUUUUAUUUAUUUAUUUAUUCCGAGCACAUGGAUUCCCCGUUGUGAUUGUGGGGGAAGCCCUGCAAGCGCGUCCUGCCUCUCCCCUCCGAAGAUGUCGUCGCCCCCCUGAUUGAGAGACGGCCCGUCGUCUCCUCCGCUGAAGGAUGCUGCCUCCGGUCCGGAGGAGGUGUUUUCGUCGUGCGCUGUCUUCUGAGAGGCGAUACGGUUGCUCGGCCAACGCAAAUUUGAGGGGAAUCGCAGCCUACACACAGCAAGAUCCGAGCUUCUCUCACACCGAUCCUCAUCCUCAUCCUCAUCAUCAUCAUCAUCAUCAUCAGCGUGAAGGGAGAUAUUACCCACAUCACUGCGAGCGAGAAGGAGUCACGACCACACUCAACACAAUGUAGGAAACGUACGAGGGGUGGUAUGAGCCAGGUCUCUGCAGUGGUGAACUUGCAUUUCACACUCUGGGACAUUUCGUGUGGACGUCUAAUUUGCAGCAACAAGACCUCAACAUGAGCAACCACCAUGCUCCUCCCAAGGCCGGAGCCUCGGAGCUGGAGGUGAUCUCCAUGCAGGUGGAGGAGGACAAGCAGUGCGCGGCCCCCGUCCAGCUGGUCAGCUUUGCCUACAGAGACUUGCCGCUGGCCGCCCUGGACGUUUCCCUCGCUGGAUCCCAACUCAUCUCCAACCCAGACGAAGAGGACAACAGAGACGGGUCGAACUGGCUGAAGCCGUGCUGCGGGCGAAGGGCAGCGCUGUGGCAUGUCUGUCUGCUGUCGGCGGGCUUCAACUGUUUCCUGGUGGCCUGUGUCGUUCUGGUGGUGGUGCUGCUGACGCUGGAGCUGCUCAUAGACAUCAAGCUGUUGCAGUUUAAUAAUGCAUUCCACAUUGCAAGCAUCAUCCACUGGAUCAGCCUGGCUAUUCUCUCUGUGUUCUUCGCUGAGACGGUGUUCAGGAUUGUGGUGUUGGGGAUAUGGGACUACAUAGAGAACAAAGUAGAGGUGUUUGAUGGAGCUGUCAUCGUCCUGUCUCUGGCCCCCAUGGUGGCCUCCACGGUGGCAAACGGCCCCAGCAGCCCCUGGGACGCCAUCGGUCUCAUCAUCACACUGCGCAUCUGGAGGGUCAAGAGGAUCAUUGAUGCCUAUGUGUUGCAAGUGAAGGUCGAGAUGGAGAUGGAGAUCCAGCAGUCUGAGAAGGCGAAGGCGAUGAGGGAAGAACAGCUGGACCGUCUCACCCAGAUCUGCCAGGAGCAGGCAUUCGAGAUUCGGCAGCUGAGAGCCCACCUGGCCCAGCAGGACCUGGAUCUGGUAGCGGAGCGGGAAGCAGCCAUGCAGAUCCACCACAUGUGGGGCAAACAGAGCAGUUUCCAGGAGGUGGACGGGUUGGCCUCCGGGACCUCCGACCACCACGGGCCAGUCAUUGCAAGAAAGCCCGGGGGGGCUGCAGUUCACCACGGUCAGGACGACAUGAACAACUACAUCAGCCAGUACUACAGUGAGCCGAGCAGCGACAUGGGGAUCCCAGACCCCGCGCGAGUCCUCAUCACCACAGCGGCCAUAGACGUGCACCUGCCCAACAACUCCAGCCAGCUUCCCUCCUCCCUGGUGAGCGCGGACGCAGUGUCGUGCGGUCGCUUGCGGCGCACCGGCAGCUCCGUCAGCGAGGCGUCCGCCGCGCCGGCGUCCCGCAGCAGCUUCAGCGUCCGGCAGCACAGCAUCAGCAGCCACACGCUGGGCUCCACCACGGACUGCAGCUCCACGGUGCGCGAGGCCUCCACCUCCACGGACUACAGCGACCAGCGGUGCUACCCGCCGCCGUACAGCAGCCCGCUGGCGCUGGGCAGCGCUCAGGCCCAGCGGGGGGGGCCCUGCGCCGUGAUGCAGGAGCUGCUGUCCACGCUUUCCGAGAAUACCCACCUCGCCCAGAAGGGCCUGGACCCGGUCAACCUAAAGCCGCCGAGCCCGGCGGGUUCGGCCAAGGCCAGCCCAGAGCACCGGGUGAACAUCUUCAACAAGAGGAACCAGGAGAGCAGGGUCGGGCUGCACUCCAAGCCGCUCAUCCACCUGCAGGGCGAAGAACCCCUCCUGGAGGAGAAGUACAGGAUGAUGGAGCCCGUCGACGUCCCGGUCAACCGGCUGGCAGAGACGUAGAAGACGUGGACGUCCCAGGACUUACUCUUAAGAUGGACGAUCUUCUACGAAGCUCUGGUGUUGUCGGGAACCGCCGGCACAUAAGCGCGAGAGGAUGAACAUGCCAGAGCAGCACAAACGCAGAGACUUGAGAAAGCUAAUUUGUUAUCAGGAAUUGACACUUUUUCUGAAACAUUUUACCAAAAGAAACUAAACUCACAAUAACGGUCCUUCCCGAUGGGACUGCAGCAGGGUACAUUGGAUCAGUCGCAACUUAUUUCCAAUCUUUGUCUUUCUAUAUAAGCAAUGUUACAUUUUGUAUCUGUAGAGUGUGGCAGACUUUAUCCAGGUGCAAUGACUGGAAUGGUUUAAGAUUUUGCUAAAUGACGUCCCACGCAUACUGAAUUUAACUAAAAUGUUAAAGUAAAAUAUAGCAUGAACAUUCAAGAUUUUCCCCGUUUGUUGUCCCAUUGACAGACAUUUUCCAUCUUGAUUGUGGAAAGAGGGCAUUGCGAAAUUAAUCUAAUAAAAAAAAAAACAUGGUCAAA